CAGUCUUGUUGUAGAUGCUGCUAAGACCAUGCGAUCCUCUGGACGAAUUGGACGAGAUGGACAAAUUCUAAAAAUAAAUAAUGUGGAUGAAGAGACAAUGGCGUUUACGAUCACCCUCAACCCAGUUAAUCACGUAUUAGACGUGCUGGUAGUAGCCGAAGUAAUUAAUUCUGAAAAGAAAGAUAUAAUUAUAUUAUGGAACAACACUUGGAAUGAUGAAUCGGAUGUUUGCUUGUAUGACAAAGAUCACAAAUUAUUGGGACAAUAUAAUAAUGAAAUUACUCGAAAUUUAGCAAGGACGAUUAAUCCCCUACUUUAUGGCGGUACCUGUCCUUAUGAAAGGACGGAAAUCGAUCACUGGAUGUCCUGUGCUCUAAUAUUGCAAAAUAAACAAAUAAACAAGGAACUUUUAAACUAUCUGAAUGAUGUGUUAAUAACACGGACGUGGCUGGUCACCAAAAGAUUAACAUUGGCUGAUAUUCAUGUGUUUUGCGUUUUGCAUCGUCACGAAUAUAUAAAAUCAUAUGCAAAAGAUUAUUGUAACAUUACUAGAUGGUACAAGCAUAUGGAAUCGCUUCCUGUUUUUAGUAAUGCAAUAUCUGUGAUUGCAAAAAAUUGUUCUUCAACUUCGAAACCAAAAGAUGUAAGUUCGCAAAAAGAAAAAUCUGAUAUCAAGCAGACAAAAACAAGGAAACAAGAAGGCAAAUUUAUUGAUCUUCCUGGAGCAGAAAUGGGCAAAGUAGUGGUAAGAUUUCCACCAGAAGCAAGUGGCUACUUGCACAUUGGUCAUGCCAAAGCAGCUCUUUUAAAUCAGUAUUAUGCUGAGAUUUUUCAAGGACAACUUAUCAUGAGAUUUGAUGAUACAAAUCCAGCGAAGGAGACUAUAGAAUUUGAGGAAGCUAUAUUGGAAGAUUUAAAAUUACUGCAAAUUAAACCUGACCGUUUUACGCAUACUUCAGAUUACUUUGAUAUAUUACAAGAAUAUUGUACUACACUAAUUAAGGAUGGAAAGGCAUAUCUGGAUUGUACCCCGGCGAAUCUUAUGAAAGAACAACGAGAUAAAAGAUUGAAAUCUGAAUAUCGAGAUCUCUCCUCUUUCGAAAAUCUGAAAUUGUGGGAAGAAAUGAAACGUGGUACCAAGAUGGGCCAAGAAUAUUGUGUCAGAGCAAAAAUUGAUUAUCAGUCAACAAACGGAUGUAUGCGCGAUCCUACAAUUUAUCGUUGCAAAUUAGAACCUCAUCCACGUACUGGAAAUAAAUACAAGAUAUAUCCUACGUAUGAUUUUGCCUGUCCAAUUGUUGACGUUAUCGAGAAUGUUACUCACACUCUACGAACAACAGAGUAUCACGAUAGAGAUGCUCAAUUUUAUUGGAUAAUCGAAGCUUUGGGACUGCGUCGCCCGUACAUUUGGGAAUAUUCACGGUUAAACAUGACUCAUACGGUUUUAUCUAAACGAAAAUUAACUUGGUUUGUAAAUGAAGGUCUAGUCGAUGGCUGGGAUGAUCCACGCUUUCCGACAGUGAGAGGCAUUCUAAGACGAGGAAUGACAGUCGAGGGUCUGAAACAAUUCAUCAUCGCACAAGGUAGUUCCAAAUCUGUAGUCUUUAUGGAAUGGGACAAAAUAUGGGCUUUUAAUAAGAAAGUCAUUGAUCCAGUUGCGAUUAGAUAUACUGCAUUGGAAUAUAAUGAACUGAUACCGGUUAAUGUAAUAGAUGUUAAGGAAGAGUGGUUGAUUGUGCAAAAUCAUCCUAAAGAUUCAUCUAGAGGUACCAAACAAGUGCGAGUAGGCUCGAAAAUUUUGAUAGAAAAGGAAGAUGCUGAAAGAUUAAUUGAAGGACAGAAUGCGACCUUUAUUAAUUGGGGUAACAUAAUGAUACAAAAGAUAAAUAAAUAUGAUGGCAAUAUAGUAGAUGUGCAAGCACGAUUGAAUCUAGAGGACAAAAAUUAUAAAAAUACUUUGAAGCUCACCUGGCUGGCUGAAUCAUUACCUACAUCUGAUUCAAAUGCAGAAAAGUCAAAUCCAAUAAAAUGUUACGCUGUUUAUUUUGAUCACAUUAUGAGCGUGCCGGUUUUAGGCAAGGACGACGAUUUUAAAAAUUUUGUUGCCAAAAAUACAAGAAAAGAAAUUCGAAUGCUGGGUGAAGUAGAAUUGAAACGCGUAAAGAAGGGAGAGAUAAUUCAACUUCAGAGGAAAGGAUUCUUUAUUUGUGAUAUUCCGUACGCAUCUAGUUCUUAUUCAACACGGGAACCACCUAUUGUAUUGUUCCAUAUACCUGAUGGGCAUACGACAACACCUUAUAUGACACCUGCGAUAUCUAAUAAUCAACAGGAAAGUAAAGUGCAACAUGUGGAAACUCUUGAUAUAAUAUACAGAAAUCCUUUAGAAAAAAUAGAAGAAGCAAUAGUUAAAUAUGAUAAAACCAAAAUAUUAGAUCCUUCUUGGAAGGACAAAAUUCAAAGUCUUAUGAAAGAAUUAGGACUAAUGAUACCUUAUGAUGCAGUUAAUGGAACGCUUAGAAUUUCAACAGAUUCAAUGUUGUAUCCACUAUACUUAAAAGAGAAAAACGAAGAAUAUGCAGACGAAGUAUACACUGAUAUAGAAGAUUAUUUUCAGAGAUUAAUGGAUAUGCAUUUCUAUAGAAUGUUAUUGCUAUUGUCGGUUUAUAAUUUGGUAUUUAAAGAUCCAGACACCGACGAUCCAUUAGUAUGCAUGUCUGUAGCCAUAAAGGCACAAUUCGAUAAAGUACAAUUUUUAAAGAAUUUAAAAGCUGAUAAGAGUAAAAUCGUUCAAGAAGAGAAAAUACUUUCAGACUUGAAAAAAAAUUAUAAGAUAAUGAUGAAUGGUCAGGAUUGGAAACCUGAGCUUUCUGAACCUGAAAGCAAUGUAUACUCAGAUCAAAAGGUAGAUCCAGAAAUACAAGAAAUCUUUGAAAGAUAUAAGAAACAAGGUCAUACAAAAGAAUAUAUUUUGUAUAUGGUGGAUAUUCAAAAAAGCAUAUAUGAAUAUCUUAGAAUAGCAAAGGAAAGUAUGUUUAACAAAAGGCGUUGGACAUAUGGACCAACUGGACCAACAGAAGAUUUUGGAGCUUAUCUUAAAACAAGAACGAAGCUACUAUUCGAAAAGAUAAAAAAGCAGAGUGACGAAGUACGAGAUCUAAAAAGUUCGAAAGCCGAUAAGAGUAUUAUUGAACAAGAAGUAAAGGUUCUCUUGACUUUAAAAAGUGACUAUAAAAUUGUGACUGGUAGGGAUUGGAAAGCAACUGAUAGUAAAGUUGCUAAUACUGAAAGCAAAAUAAAGUCAGAAAAUCAAGAAAUUUCGGAAGCGGAGAAAAUAUCCGAAGAAAUAAAAAAGCAAGGCGACAAAGUACGAAAUUUAAAAAGCUCGAAAGCUGACAAGAACAUUAUUGAUCAAGAAGUAAAAGUUCUCUUAAGCUUGAAAAGUGACUAUAAAAAUGCGACCGAUCAGGAUUGGAAAUUAGUUGAUAUUAAAGUUACUGAAAGCAAGGUAAAGCCAGAAAACCAAGAAAUUUCAGAAGCAGAGAAGAUAUCCGAAGAAAUAAAGAAGCAGGGUGACAAAAUACGAAAUUUAAAAAGCUUGAAAGCUGACAAGAGCAUUAUUGAUCAAGAAGUGAAAGUUCUCUUAAGCUUGAAAAGUAAUUAUAAAAAUACGACUGGUCAGGAUUGGAAACCAGCUGAUACUAAAGUUGCUAGUACUGAGAGCAAGACAAAGCCAGAAAACCAAGACAUUUCAGAAGCGGAGAAAAUAUCCGAAGAAAUAAAGAAGCAAGGCGACAAAAUACGAAAUUUAAAAAGCUCAAAAGCUGACAAGAGUAUUAUUGAUCAAGAAGUGAAAGUUCUCUUAAGCUUGAAAAGUGAUUAUAAAAAUACGACUGGUCAGGAUUGGAAACCAGCUGAUACUAAAGUUGCUAGUACUGAGAGCAAGACAAAGUCAGAAAACCAAGACAUUUCAGAAGCGGAGAAAAUAUCCGAAGAAAUAAAGAAGCAAGGCGACAAAAUACGAAAUUUAAAAAGCUCAAAAGCUGACAAGAGCAUUAUUGAUCAAGAAGUGAAAGUUCUCUUAAGCUUGAAAAGUGAUUAUAAAAAUACGACUGGUCAGGAUUGGAAACCAGCUGAUACUAAAGUUGCUAGUACUGAGAGCAAGACAAAGUCAGAAAACCAAGACAUUUCAGAAGCGGAGAAAAUAUCCGAAGAAAUAAAGAAGCAAGGCGACAAAAUACGAAAUUUAAAAAGCUCAAAAGCUGACAAGAGCAUUAUUGAUCAAGAAGUGAAAGUUCUCUUAAGCUUGAAAAGUGAUUAUAAAAAUACGACUGGUCAGGAUUGGAAACCAGCUGAUACUAAAGUUGCUAGUACUGAGAGCAAGACAAAGUCAGAAAACCAAGACAUUUCAGAAGCGGAGAAAAUAUCCGAAGAAAUAAAGAAGCAAGGCGACAAAAUACGAAAUUUAAAAAGCUCAAAAGCUGACAAGAGCAUUAUUGAUCAAGAAGUGAAAGUUCUCUUAAGCUUGAAAAGUGAUUAUAAAAAUACGACUGGUCAGGAUUGGAAACCAGCUGAUACUAAAGUUGCUAGUACUGAGAGCAAGACAAAGCCAGAAAACCAAGACAUUUCAGAAGCGGAGAAAAUAUCCGAAGAAAUAAAGAAGCAAGGCGACAAAAUACGAAAUUUAAAAAGCUCAAAAGCUGACAAGAGCAUUAUUGAUCAAGAAGUGAAAGUUCUUUUAAGUUUGAAAAGUGACUAUAAAAAUCUAACUGGUCAAGAUUGGAAGCCUGUGAACUCGGAUGCGGCAUCAAAAAAGGAAAAGCAAAAUAUUUCUAAGCCUGAAAAGAUGUCGGAGAAAGAAGUUGCAAAAAACGCGAAUAAUAAGGACUCUGAUUCAAGCAAAACAGGAACAAGAUUAGGAUUAGAAGCGAAGAAGGAAGAGAACUUUACUGAUUGGUACUCGCAAGUUAUUACGAAAAGCGGAAUGAUUGAAUAUUAUGACGUGUCAGGAUGUUAUAUUCUUCGUCCGUGGAGUUUCUCGAUUUGGAAGAUAAUAAAAGAGUUCAUCGACAAAGAGAUAACGGACACUGGCGUUCAAGAAUGCUACUUCCCGAUCUUCGUUACUCGCAGCGUAUUAGAAAAGGAAAAAGCGCACAUAGCAGACUUUGCGCCGGAAGUCGCGUGGGUGACAAAAUAUGGUGAAACCGAUUUGGCGGAGCCCAUAGCUAUACGGCCCACCUCGGAGACUAUUAUGUAUCCAGCUUAUGCCAAAUGGCUGAGGUCAGAUACCGAGUUACCACUUAGGCUCAAUCAGUGGAAUAACGUUGUGAGAUGGGAAUUUAAAGAUCCUAAACCUUUCUUACGCACUAGAGAAUUUUUAUGGCAGGAAGGGCAUACCGCGUUUGCUACUAAAGCAGAAGCAGAGGCGGAAGUAUUAAUGAUUUUAGACUUAUAUGCUAGGGUGUACGAGAAUUUAUUAGCGGUACCCGUCAUCAAAGGCCGCAAGACUGAAAAGGAGAAAUUCGCGGGUGGCGAAUAUACCACUACUGUCGAAGCGUUUAUUCCGAUUAAUGGUCGCGCAAUACAGGGAGCGACAAGCCAUUAUUUAGGACAAAACUUUUCGAAGAUGUUUAAUAUCCAAGUAGAAGGUAUCGCAGGUCGAGAAGAAAAGACAUUUGUCUAUCAAAAUUCAUGGGGUUUAACUACACGAACGAUUGGAGUCAUGAUAAUGGUACACGGAGAUGAUCGAGGUUUAGUAUUGCCCCCAAAUAUAGCACCUAUACAAAUCAUUGUGAUUCCCUGCGGUAUAGCCGUGAACAUGGAUGAACACACAAAAGAGAAUAUUCUAAAGAAAUGCGAUUGGCUAGUUCGUCAUUUGGGUCAAGAAGGUAAAUUUAGAGUAAAAAAUGAUUGUAGACUUAAUCGAACACCUGGAUGGAAAUUCAAUCACUGGGAGCUGAAAGGCGUGCCAAUAAGACUUGAAGUGGGUCCAAAGGAUUUAUUAAAAAAUCAAGUAACAGUCGUACGAAGGGAUAAUUUUCAGCGAACAGCUAUCGAAAUAUACAACGAUAACAUAAUUACUCCGUUAACUUCAAUAUUGAAUGAUGUUCAAAAACAAUUAUUAUCAAGAGCGAAAAGCAAGUUAAACGAGCAUAUUAAAAAAGUAGAAAAGUGGAGUGAUUUUAACCCCGAGCUUAAUAAAAAGAAUUUAUUGUUGGCACCUUUUUGUGGAGAUCCAGCAUGUGAAGAUAAGAUUAAGGAGGAUAGUAAGGAAGAUAAAAGUGAAAGCGCAGAAAGUGGAUCAUUAAUGGGCGCCAAGAGUCUGUGUAUACCAUUUGAUCAGCCAGAAAUGACAAGACCACUCAAUGAAUUAAAAUGUAUUCACCAUAGUUGCAAAAAUAAGCCGAAAUUUUAUACACUUUUCGGACGUAGUUAUUAAUGCAUCCACAUAAAAGUAAGGUUCAUGUAUAACGUUUAAUAAAUUUUUCUGUAAUUUUUUAUAUACAAGUAAUAUGGAAUUUUAUGGAUUGUUGAUUUUUCUUCAAUCUGAGAGAUUAUACAAUUUUUUUAUUGCGCAUGUAUAAACUUUUAUUUAAUAAUAUUGUGCGCAUGUAUUUAAUAAUAUAAAUUUGUUCUCA